UAACUACUACUGCACCGCGCGCUGCCAUAGACCCGCAGUACAGAGCCGGGCAAGUCAGAGAAACAGAGACAGCCACAAUCAACAGCGGCCGACUCGAACACUUCCUUAAAUAUCAUUUAAGAUUUUGAAGUGUGACUUCCAGAAAACCCGUGGUUCAAACACCAAACCCGGCACGAACUCGCGACAAACAACACAUUUUGCAGCUCAGAGCGGAAGAGGAGGCAUAGGUGAGCAGUCACCAUGGCACCCUUCCUGCGCAUGGCCCUUAAUGCAUAUGACCUGGGCGCUCUGGCUUCUCUGUUGGACCCUCCCAUCUGUGCCAUCAAGAUGAAGGAGUCUGUCAGCACAGAGCGAGGAAAGACCUUGGUCCAGAGGAAGCCCACCAUGUAUCCAGCCUGGAAGUCCACUUUUGAUGCUCACAUCUAUGAGGGGCGUGUCCUAGAAGUGGUUCUCAUGCAGAGCACUGAGGAGCCCUUGGCCAAGGCCACGGUGGGCGUGUCUGUACUGGCAGAGCGCUGUAAGAAGUCCAAAAACAACGGAUGUACUGAAUUCUGGGUGGACCUUUAUCCUUCGGGGAAGGUCCAGAUGUCUGUGCAGUUCUUCUUGGAAGAUAGUGAUGCUGCGACGUGUAAACCAUCAGUGAAGGCUCCCCCUGAGGAUGGAGUCACAACCCUCAACAGGCGGAGAGGAGCAUUCAAGCAGCCCAAGGUUCACGUCAUUAAGAACCACGAAUUCACUGCCACUUUCUUUGGCCAGCCCACCUUCUGCUCUGUCUGCAGAGAGUUCCUCUGGGGCCUCAACAAGCAAGGUUACAAGUGCAGACAAUGCAAUGCGGCAAUCCACAAGAAAUGCAUCGAAAAAAUCAUUGGCAGGUGCACUGGAACGGCAGCCAACAGUCGUGAAACUAUGUUCCAGAAAGAGCGCUUCAAUAUUGAUAUGCCACAUCGCUUCAAGUAUUAUAACUACAAGAGCCCCACUUUCUGUGACCACUGUGGUAGUCUGCUGUGGGGUCUCUACAGACAGGGCCUUAAAUGUGAAGACUGUGGCAUGAAUGUACACAGCUACUGUCAGACGAAAGUGGCUAAUCUGUGUGGAAUCAACCAGAAACUACUGUCAGAGGCUCUGUCUCAAGUCUCACAGAAAUCUGUGAGGAAGUCUGAUAACUCCAAUACAGCAGAUAUUGGUAUCUACCAAGACAUCCCAAGGGGAAAAGUAGACCCUAGUGUACAUGGCAAUGGAAAGGCAGGUGAGGGUGUUAGCCCAACCCCAGUGGCACCUACAGUUCCCCGGGUACGCCUCACCAUGAACCACCUGGUGUUCCACAAGGUGCUGGGCAAAGGCAGCUUUGGCAAGGUGUUGCUGGCAGAGCUGAAGGGGCAGGGGCAGUAUUUUGCUGUGAAGGUUCUGAAGAAGGACGUAGUUCUCAUGGAUGAUGAUGUGGAGUGCACCAUGGUGGAGAAGAGAGUCCUGGCCCUCGCUUGGGAGAACCCCUUCCUCACACACCUCUACUCCACGUUCCAGUCUAAAGAGCACCUCUUCUUUGUAAUGGAGUACCUGAAUGGAGGCGACUUGAUGUUCCACAUCCAAGACAAAGGCCGCUUCGAUCUCAACAGAGCCACAUUCUAUGCUGCUGAGAUAAUCGUGGGACUGCAGUUCCUCCACUCAAAAGGAAUCAUCUACAGAGAUCUGAAGCUGGACAAUGUGAUGCUGGACAAGGACGGACACAUCAAGAUAGCGGACUUUGGCAUGUGCAAAGAGAAUGUGUUUGGAGAGACCAGAGCCACAACAUUUUGCGGAACACCAGACUAUAUUGCACCAGAGAUCCUGUUAGGACAGAAGUACACCUUCUCAGUGGACUGGUGGUCUUUUGGCGUGCUAGUGUAUGAGAUGCUCAUUGGUCAGUCACCCUUCCAAGGCGACGAUGAGGAUGAACUGUUUGAGUCCAUCAGGUCAGAUACCCCUCACUAUCCUCGGUGGAUCUCAAAGGAGGCCAAGAACCUUCUUGAACUGUUGUUUGAGCGAGAUCCCAGUCGCAGGUUGGGUGUGGUGGGAGACAUCCGUGCACACCCCUUCUUCAAAACUGUCAACUGGCCAGCACUGGAGAAGAGAGAAGUGGAGCCCCCUUUCAAGCCCAAAGUGAAAUCCCCCAGUGACUGCAGCAACUUUGACCGAGAGUUCCUAAGCGAGAAGCCUCGCCUCUCCCACGCAGACAAGAACCUCAUCGACUCAAUGGACCAGGAAGCAUUUGCUGGCUUUUCCUUUGUCAACCCCAAAAUAGAGCAAAUGAUAAGCAAUUGAAAAAACAAAAUGGCUGCCCUGGGAACACUGUCUUAGCCCAGCCCUCCAAAAUAGGCUCUUAUCCUAUUCUCUUUACCUUAUUAGCUGGAUGGAUGACAAGAACAUGAAAAGAUUUGGGCUUGAGUAUGACUUAUUUUGUUCCUCUAUCAGAGGAUAAGAUAAAAUACUACCAGAAUGUUUACUGGUGUCUAAAGCAAUAAUCACGUCUCAUCUGUCAAACUGUGUAGGUGUAUAAAAGAAUAUAAGCUCCAGGAAAUUAAGGGAGAUUCUAAAGAAACCAGUGUUAACAUAAUCAAUACUGGGGGGUUAUCAAUGAUGCAUUCUGUUUUUUCCUGUUUUCUGUAAUUUUCCCAUGUGAUCACAUCUUGAAUCUGUACGAAUCAUCUAAUGUACUGUAUCUUGAAAUUUAUAUUCACAAGCAUGAGCCCCUUAUUUAUCAGUACAAAUAUGUACACCCAGCACCACACAUGCAAGUUGGGAGAAUUCAGUGGUACAUCGCAGUAGUCAUUCUUACGCUUUGCCUAGUGUGUGCCUCCCAGCACAUCCCAUUUGUGUUUGAGUGUUACCACAUGCACACAAGCAUGUGGGUGUGUGCAGGUAUUUUCUUAGAUGCAAAUGGUGCUACUGUACUUGGCAACAUUGUCUGCUGUUGAAUGAAUCCUCAGUUUAUCCAUGCAACAUAGAAAGAAUUGUUUCCAUUAAAAACAGAGGGAGUUUAAAUCCCGCUGAGCUGAAGAAAGAUUAUUUAUUUUGGAGCUGCAAAGUUUCCCCCCUCGCUGAUUGCACUGUCCUGAGAAAGUCUUGAGUGUCACUCUCAAAAGAGUUCAUCUUUUCAAAAUUAGAUUUCUACAUGGCAGUGUUCUUGUCUUUUGUGUGCCACUGUUGUCAAACCUCACGCUGUACCUCAAACUAAAGCUUAACACAAACAGUCAUUCAGUACAUCAUGUUCAUUUUUUUUGGACUGUCAGCUAGAAAGACUUAGAACAGUGGUAUGGUACUAUACCUGUACAUGUAGAUGUGUUGAAGGAUGUUAUUUUGUGUGGGAGGUAGGAACCUUUCACUGGAAGCAUAGGGUCUUUAAAAUGUGUUAUAUUACUUGAAUGUAGGAAUUUUUAAUAUUAAAAUAAUAGUGCUGUGUUUGGAAAACGAAUAUGUAUGUAACCAUGAGCUGUCUGUGAGUUUAGGGUGUACUUUUUUUACUCUCCUCAUCUUUUACAUCUGAUUAUGAAUAAAUAUACUGUAAACUCAAAAUUCA